AACGCGAGGCGUCUGCGUGGGUCGGUUGGGAGUCUGGGGGUCCGGGAUCAAUAGCGCUAGCAACCAGGUAGUAGGUAUGGGUGCAUGUAGCUUUCUCCACGGUGGCAGUCCAGGAGACGAACCUCACGAGGUAGGACACUUUACGAGUCGAGCGAGAGAGCGAUAGAGAGAGAGAGAGAGAGAGAGAGAGAGGAGAGGUAGUUAGAUAGAUAGAUAGAGAAAGAGAGAGAGGGAGAGAGUUCGGCGGCCUGUCAGAGUGUCGUGCCGAAGAAGAGCCACGCUAUGCCAGUAAUCGAGCGUAGCUGCGGGGUGUCCAGCAUCUAGGAUUGUCAGCCUCUCCAGGCCGGCGCAAUGUGGCCUGGAGUACUACUAUUACUGGUGUUACUAGCGGUGCUGCUGCAUCCAUCGAGAUGUACGCAGCCAAAAGUGAACUUUCGGGAGAAAGAGAAGCAAGUGCUCGACAACAUCCUAGGACCAGGCCGAUACGAUGCGCGCAUCCGGCCGAGCGGGGAGAACGGAACAGAUGGGCCGGCCAUUGUCCGGGUAAACCUGUUUGUGCGAAGCAUUGCGACAAUUAGUGACAUCAAGAUGGAAUACUCCGUACAAUUAACAUUUCGGGAACAAUGGUUGGAUGAGAGAUUACGGUUUAAUGACUUCGGAGGUAAACUUAAAUAUUUAACCCUGACGGAGGCUAGCCGCGUCUGGAUGCCAGAUUUGUUCUUCUCGAACGAGAAGGAGGGUCACUUCCACAACAUCAUUAUGCCGAACGUAUACAUACGAAUUUUCCCGCAUGGCUCGGUUCUUUAUAGUAUACGGAUAUCCUUGACGCUUUCGUGUCCCAUGAAUUUGAAACUGUAUCCCCUGGAUCGACAGACUUGCUCACUUCGUAUGGCGAGUUACGGAUGGACGACGGACGAUUUGGUCUUUCUCUGGAAGGAAGGCGACCCCGUUCAAGUGGUUAAGAAUUUACACCUACCCAGGUUCACCCUCGAGAAAUUCCUUACGGACUACUGCAAUAGCAAGACGAACACCGGAGAGUACAGUUGCUUGAAAGUGGAUCUGCUCUUCAAGAGAGAGUUCAGUUACUAUCUCAUUCAAAUCUACAUCCCAUGCUGUAUGCUCGUUAUCGUGUCCUGGGUGUCUUUCUGGCUGGAUCAGAGCGCCGUGCCUGCUCGGGUGUCACUAGGCGUUACGACACUGCUGACAAUGGCCACACAGACAUCGGGGAUAAACGCCUCACUGCCACCGGUCUCCUACACGAAGGCUAUCGACGUUUGGACAGGAGUGUGCUUGACCUUCGUGUUCGGUGCACUACUUGAAUUCGCGCUGGUCAACUACGCGUCGCGUAGCGACAUGCACAGCGACAACAUAAAGAAGCAGUUUCCACAGAACGAGAUGGAACAUUCGUCGUCGAUUGAUCCGUCUUCGGAAUUGCUCGAGCCGGAUGGAUCCGCCAACUUCGCUAUGCAACAGCAGACUCACGGCAGUAAUCCGUCGAUGACACAACAUCAUUCGCUGCCGCGUACGUAUCAACAGGACCAUCAUCAUCAGCAGCAGCAGCACCACCACCAUCAUCAGUUACAUCGUCAUCAGCGUUAUCAUCCGAAUCGUUCGCCAUCGCCGACUUUCUCGCUGCUGAACGACGAAGAUUGCGUCGCCGGCCGAUGUUCGCCGAUGAAAGCAACGCGACAUCACUCGCAUAGGAGCUCGGCGAGGUCGUCGCCGUCGCGAUGGCCUUCGCCAGCAUCCUCAGCGUCGCCUCUGGAUACGCCGUUGCGUGCCGCAACACCUUCGCCGCCGAUCGCGGUACCGAUUUCGUCCACGACACCGCUGCCCAUGUCGGCUACGGUGUCGUCGAAAACGCGCUACUGGCUGAGGAAAUUGCUUUUAUGUGGAUAUCCGGAUGAUGCCCGAGGCAGCGCGAGAAUCGACUACAUUGCGCGCUAUGCCUUCCCAUUCAUGUUCAUUCUCUUCAACGUCUUGUACUGGUGUAUUUACACGGGUCAUGAAGGUGACAAUGUUGGUAUGGAAAAGUGAAGAAGGAUAUAUAAAAUCAUGUGUACGAAACCAAGCCGAGUGCGAUUCGUCAAGUCGGAUAAAUCGUUGAAAAAACACCGAGGCAAACCUUUUACGAGCUCUGAUUAUAAGAUACAUUAAUAACAACGAUAUUUUGCAAAUCAGACUAAGUUUGCUCGACGAGGACCGACCGGAGGCACUUCGACAUGGAGAUAAAUCUUCACUGUUCGCGCCCGAAACAAAAAUACUCCAGGACGAGGAUCAUCUAAAGCAACGAGGAUGUUAGCGAUGUUCAGUACACAUUUCGCGACGGUCGAAAUGAUGAGGACGAAAUAUAACAUCUUAAUUGCGUACUAUAGCUCAUAUACACACACAUACACACACACAUACGCAUACGUUCGCGCACACAUAGACAUAAUACGUAUGCGUUCAUGUAUGCAAAUCUGCUCGGAAGACCGCGUGCCACAGACUGAAUUGAAAGCGUAGAGGGCCCUGUAUAGCCACGGCCUGUUAACAAUGAAAGAAAAAAAGAGGCGUAAAAUUUAUAAGAAUAAAUAUAUCUACGUUGCGCGAGAUCGCGCGCUUUGGAUCGCGAACGUAUCCGUCACUGCGAAAUUAACGUCGGAUAGUUCGUCGGAUCCAUUAAAUAUUACCGUAAGUUGAGAUAACGGUGAGAUAAUACACGGCACGUCGAGACAACGCGGUUCGCUUCAGUUUUCCACGUGAAACGACAAUUAUCUCAAUAAGUACACGAGACGUUUUUCAUCAUUGAGUUUCAAGAAUAUGAAAUGAUCGGCGUUGACUCGCUGCGUCGUGUGUUAUCCUUCCUCAAGGAAUGAUAUUUCUGUAUAAGGUGCACACGAGGAUCGGCUGCAGAAUGUUCGACGCUGGGAAAAAAAAUAUUGAAAGUUAUGUGUCUAGAAAGGUGUCGAACGUUCGAUGAUCUUUCGGGUGUAUAAAAUAAUCUGUUGGUAUCUGGCAGGUUUAUCAAACCUAGCGGUACCAAGUGACGCAGACCGAAGCCUCGAAAGCUCGUGUUUGAAUUAUCAUAUUUUUUUAUUUACCCCAUAUUAUAUAUAUAUAUAUAUAUAUAUAUAUAUAUAUAUAUCCUAAUUUAAAAGGACAGUGUUAGAUAGCUGUCGCGGAAAUUGGAGAGAUAAGAGGACUCACGUUGUAAUUUAAUUAUGUCGGUGGAUUUUAGAGAAGUGUAUCCCCCUGCUCUUCUACCACUGAUAAUAUACCAUCAGAUGUCUUAUUGGUAUCGCUAGGCUCAGUCCUUAUCCGGGCAGCUAUUCUUUUUGCGAAGAAAAUGAGCCAACGCUCGCCGAAACAUUUAAUAUAAGUUAUCGGUGAAUUUCUUUCUAAAUUUGUUCAAAAAAUUUUGAGUCUUCAAAAGUACAGAUGUAACCAUCGUGGUAAAGAGUUGCGCGUCUAUUCUGUGUAAAAAAG